AUGCAGUUUCUCUUGUCUCCUCUCUUCCCUAUCAACACCAAACGUCCCGCCCGGCUGCUUCUGCUGCCCUUGCUGCUGCUCCCUCUGGGUCUCCCAGUCCUGGGCGCGCCCCCACCCCUCGUCUGUGACAGCCGAGUCCUGGAGAGGUACAUCCUGGAGGCCAAGGAGGCGGAGAAUGUCACGAUGGGCUGUGCCGAAGGCUGCAGCUUGAACGAGAACAUCACGGUCCCAGACACCAAAGUUAACUUCUACACCUGGAAGAGGAUGGAGGCCAGGCAGCAGGCUGUAGAAGUCCGGCAGGGCCUGGCCCUGCUCUCAGAAGCCGUCCUGCGGGGCCAGGCCCUGUUGGCCAACUGCUCCCAGCCGCCGGAGACCCUGCAGCUACACAUGGACAGGGCUGUCAGCAGCCUACGCAGCCUCACCUCCCUGCUUCGGGCGCUGGGAGCCCAGAAGGAAGCCCUCUCCCCUCCAGACGCGGCCUCGGCUGCUCCACUCCGAACCUUCACUGCUGACACUUUGUGCAAGCUUUUCCGAGUCUACUCCAAUUUCCUCCGGGGAAAACUGAAGCUGUACACGGGGGAGGCCUGCAGGAGAGGGGACAGGUGACCAGGUGCCCCCACCUGGCACGACCACCACCUCGCUCACCACCAUUGCCUGUGCCACGCCUUCCCCCGCCACUCCCGACCCCUGUC